AUGCAGACUGCUUCUACAAACAUUUUUGAAAGAAUGGGACACUCUCAGGAGCUCAGUGAAUUCAAGCGCGGUACCGUGAUAGGUUGCCACCUGUGCAAUAAGUCCAUCCGUGAAAUUCCCUUGCUGCUAAAUAUUCCACGGUCAGCUGUUAGUGGUAUUAUAAGAAAGUGGAAGCAACUGGGAACAACAUCAACUCGGCCACGAAAUGAGCAGGAUCAGCACAUGCUGAAGCGCACAGUGUGCAGAAGUUGCCAACUGUCUGCAGAAUCAAUAGCUAAAGAUCUUCAAACUUUGUGUGGCCUUCAGAUUAGCACAAAACAGUGCGUAGAGAGCUUCAUGGAAUGGGUUUCUAUGGCU